GCGCAGUGCAGUGUGCGUCCAUUAGCAGGAGGGUCGCUGCUGGCUUUCAAACAGGAUGAACGCGCCACCAGCAUUCGAGUCCUUUUUGCUAUUCGAGGGAGAAAAGAAGAUCACAAUAAUUAAAGACACCAAGGUGCCGAAUGCAUGUCUGUUCACACUGAAUAAAGAGGAUCACACACUGGGGAACAUCAUCCGCUCGCAACUGCUGAAGGACCCUCAGGUGCUGUUUGCUGGGUAUAAGGUUCCUCAUCCUCUAGAACACAAGAUUGUGAUCCGCGUUCAGACGACACCAGACUACAGUCCCCAGGAAGCCUUCACUAAUGCCAUCACUGAUCUGAUCAGUGAGCUGUCCCUGCUAGAGGAGCGAUUCAGGGUUGCCAUCAAAGACAAGCAGGAGGGAAUAGAAUGAAGAAACAUCACACUCCGCUGGAUGACAACAACUUAUUCUCAACCAACUGAACUGCUACAUUAGUAUUUUUGUAAAAAAAAAAAAAAAAAUUCAGGCUGUGAAACGAUUAAUCGUGAUUAAUCGCAUCCAAAAUAAAACAUUUGUGUUUACAUAAAAUAUGUGUGUGCACUGUGUAUAAUUAUUUUGUAUAUAAAUACACACACAUGCAUGUAUAGAUUUAAGAAAAAUGUGCAAAUAUUUCAUUCAUGAACGUGUGUGUAUUUUAAUAUAAAAAAUAAUCAUACACAGUACACGUACACUUUAACACAAACCUUUAUUUUGGAUGCGAUCAAUCGUGAUUAAUUGCUUCACAGCCCUAAUUUAAACAUGACAGCUGACAAGCUCUCAGGAGAAAUAAGAUAAGAUCUUUAACAGCAUUGAGUUUAAGAUCUUUGGAGUUCCUGUUCCAAUAUUGUUUUUCUAACAAAGCAUGCUGGUAUUGUAAAUCAAAUCUGGAACCUUGAAAAUGAAAAUGUUUCCUUGCACAUCAACUUUAUGUACAAGGAAAUCAUUUUCUCUUCAGCGACACACUUAUUUGUUAUGUAGUGUACUUUAUUUUUUAUUAUUAAUAAAUUGU